AUGCCGCUCCCUCCGCGUUCGCUCGGCUACGACCCACACUGUUGGGUCGAUACGGUCAAGACCUCCCACUCCAACGAACUCCCCCCACAAUCCCCCGACUGGUUCUACGUAAGAGCUGCGGCCGUUGCCCGACACAUCUACCUACGAAAGUCUGUUGGCGUUGGCCGUCUCCGAAAGGUCCAUGGAAGCACCAAGAACCGCGGCUCGAGGCCCUCGCACCACGUGGAUGCCUCCGGCUCCGUCGACCGCAAAGUUGUACAAGCCCUAGAGAAAUUGGGGAUUGUUGAAAAGCUUGAGGAUGAUGAGGAGGCUGGAAGCGGAAAGGGAGGACGACGAAUCACCCAGGCCGGACAGCGUGACUUGGACCGAAUCGCUCAGACGGCUGUGGAGGGCGACGAAGAAUCUGAUGAUGAAUAG